UGUUUCUGCUUUGACUUUUUUCAGUGCGUUUAGUCAGCGAUUGAAAGUCUAUUCGUGUUUAUGUGUAGUACAUUAUGCGUACUAUUGUUCAUUAAACAUUGGCCUAUAUAACGAAUACUUCACGGUAAAUUAAUAAGUCGGAAAAGUCAGAGCAGUCUGCUAGUGAGGAAGAAGUAGAGGAAAACGAGAAGGUAGAGGAAAUGGAGACCGACUACUCAGAAUCAGCAGCCGAAGAGGAGACUCCAGCGGGCUCUGGACAGCCACAUUCGUCGCCAAAGAAAAGAAUUCCAUUAAAGAAGCUGAAAUCGGUCAAGAAGAAGAGCAUCAUUUCCUUAGGCAUGACCGCUAUCGAAGCGUUGUCCAAUCGCUCCGGCUCCUCAGUACGGGCCAUCGUCAAGUACAUUAAGUCCACCGAUUACGAAGUGACAGAUGAAAAACGCUUUUCCAAGCAUUUGUUUAAAGCGCUAAAGGCGGCUGUGAUCAAGGGCGACCUUAAACAGGUGAAGUUUUCGUUUAAGCUUUCAGAGACAUUCAAGAAAACUAGGGCCAAAAUGAAAAAAAAGCUGGAAAAAGAGAAAAAAAAGAAGGCAAUGGCAACUGCAAGGAGGACGGCUGAAAAGGCGAAGCAGUCAAAAAAGAAGGCAUCGAAACGGAAGUCUGAGGUUUUUUAGAUCGGAAAUAAUGAUCUGAUUGGAACUAUCUGAAAGGUACAACUUACGGAAAAAGCUAAAAAUUAAAAAAGCAUAUAAUUAAAAUUAAAAAACAAUAUUAUGACAUUUUCUGGUAUUUUUGAUUUGAUUAUUUUUGAACUAUGUGCAAGUCAUCCUGAAAUUUGUAAUGAGAGCAAACUGGAAAAGACUGAGCAUCGGUUGUCUUUCUUAUUCAUAAAAACGUAUUUUCAAUUUAUUUCUGUUAUUUAAAUGUAUAGUAUUUCAUAUUUUGUCACUUACACUAUUUACUUGUACAUUACAUUCACAUACAAAUAAAAGAGCUUUUAAGCUUAAUAACGUGUAA